AUGAGCACCAGCAGCCACGCAUGCCCAGUCCCGGCAGUGCGUGGACACAUGACUCACUACCCAGCUGCACCCUACCCAUUACUGUUCCCACCUGUCAUUGGCGGACUCUCCCUGCCUCCACUCCACGGUCUCCAUGGCCACCCACCUCCAAGUGGAUGCAGCACUCCCUCACCAGCCACAAUUGAGACACAGAGUACCAGCUCUGAAGAGCUCGUCCCAAGCCCACCAUCUCCACUUCCUCCUCCUCGGGUGUACAAGCCCUGCUUCGUCUGCCAGGACAAGUCAUCGGGGUACCACUAUGGCGUCAGUGCCUGUGAGGGGUGCAAGGGCUUUUUCCGCCGAAGUAUUCAGAAGAACAUGAUCUAUACUUGCCACCGAGAUAAGAACUGUGUUAUUAACAAAGUCACCAGGAAUCGAUGCCAGUACUGCCGCCUGCAGAAGUGCUUUGAAGUGGGAAUGUCCAAAGAGUCCGUCAGGAAUGACAGGAACAAGAAGAAGAAGGAGCCUUCAAAGCAGGAAUGCACAGAGAGUUAUGAGAUGACAGCAGAGCUAGAUGACCUCACAGAGAAGAUCCGCAAAGCCCACCAAGAAACCUUCCCCUCACUCUGCCAGCUGGGCAAAUACACCACGAAUUCCAGUGCUGACCAUCGGGUCCGACUGGACUUGGGCCUCUGGGACAAAUUCAGUGAGCUGGCCACCAAGUGCAUUAUUAAGAUCGUGGAGUUCGCCAAGCGUCUGCCGGGCUUCACCGGCCUGACCAUCGCAGACCAGAUCACCCUGCUCAAGGCUGCCUGCUUGGACAUCUUGAUUCUCAGAAUUUGCACCAGGUAUACCCCAGAGCAAGACACCAUGACCUUCUCCGAUGGCCUUACUCUGAAUCGAACCCAGAUGCACAAUGCUGGCUUCGGUCCACUGACUGACCUUGUGUUCACCUUUGCCAACCAGCUCCUGCCUUUGGAAAUGGAUGACACAGAAACAGGCCUUCUAAGUGCCAUCUGCUUAAUCUGUGGAGACCGCCAGGACCUUGAGGAACCAACAAAAGUAGACAAGCUCCAAGAACCACUGCUGGAAGCACUAAAGAUUUACAUUAGAAAACGUCGGCCCAGCAAGCCCCACAUGUUUCCAAAGAUCUUAAUGAAAAUCACAGAUCUCCGCAGCAUCAGCGCUAAAGGUGCAGAACGUGUAAUUACCUUGAAAAUGGAAAUUCCUGGAUCAAUGCCACCUCUCAUUCAGGAAAUGCUGGAGAAUUCUGAAGGACAUGAACCCUUGACCCCAAGUUCAAGUGGGAACACAGCAGAGCACAGUCCCAGUGUCUCACCCAGCUCAGUGGAGAACAGUGGAGUCAGUCAGUCACCACUGCUGCAGUGAGACACUACCAGCUACUGCAGACAUUCCCCAGGACCUUCAGUUCCGAAGUGAAAAUGCAAGGAAAACAUUUUUACUGCUGCUUAGUUUUUGGACUGAAAUAUGUUAAACUCCAAAAGGACCAAGAAGUUUUCAUAUGUAUCAAUAUAUAUUCCUUACUGUGUAACUUGCCUAGAAAUACAAACUUUUCAAAUUCUGAAAUUCAGCCAUUUCAUGCCACCAGAAACUAGUUAAGAGCUUCUAUUUUCCUCUCUGAACAGUCAAGAUGCAUGGCAAAGACCCAGUUGAGAUGAUUUAGCCCUGGUUAAGUUUCUGAAGACUUUGUACAUACAGAAGUAUGGCUUUGUUCUUUCUAUCCUGUACGUUGGUGCUUUCUUUUGUCUUGCAAACUCAAUAACCAAGACACCAAGGUUAUGGAGCAGACUACUGUACAUCACUGUACAUCUUGCUUUCAUGAAUAACAAGGCCUCAUGGUAAGGAACCAGGACCUUUGUACAGUACAGGAUAAGACUAAAGACGCUCUGGUUUAAGUAAUGUGGAAGCUUCUCCUUGCUUUUUGAUGCUCAAGCUGCAUCCUUUCUUUUGUGUUGCCCAGAUAGAAUAUACCACUUCACUGCACUAGCAGAAGAGAAUUCUGUAUCAGUGUAACUGCCAGUUCAGUUAAUCAAAUGUCAUUUGUUCAAUUGUUAAUGUCACUUUAAAUUAAAAGUGGUGUAUUCCUUAAUGACACAACUACCGAAUGAAAAAAAGAUGCAUUUUUACAGUCAUGAUAGCCUCCAAGGCAAAAACACUGUCCAGUGUUAGUAAGUUUGUUUACCUGUUCACAAGCCAUUGGAGAGAUAUCACAGGAUAAUCAGCAGGCUAGUCUGCCUGGACUCUAGUAGCCCAGUGUCCUUCCUGACUCACGCCUGAUCCUGGGAUUUCCCCCAGUCUUGAUGCUUGAAGGUAUAGGCAAGUGGCCUCUUCUGGCCUUGUUCAAUCACUAUGACGCAGAGUGACAGCUGUGGUAGAGUGGUUGACAGACUCAAGUGUCAGGUUCUGAGUUCUCAUGUAAGCACUAGUGGAAUUUUUUGUUUUUGAUAUAUUAGCAAAAGUCUGUGAUGUACUUUCACUGGCUCUGUUUGUACAUUGAGAUGGUUUAACAGUGCUUUCUAUGUUCAUAUACUGUUUACCUUUUUCCAUGGAGUCUCCUGGCAAAGAAUAAAUAUAUUUAUUUUAA